UCGCACGGAUCGGAUGUGAAAAGCGGUUGGAAAAUCGCCAGGCGCUCAACGUAUCGUUUCGUUUUGAAUUGGAAAACCCGCGUUUGGAAAACCCCAGAGCAAGAAAAUAAUCAAAAUAAUAUUAUAUACCGACUAUAGCUAGCCAAUGUGUGUAUCUGCGGUGGAAAAACACAAGUUUUAUGAUAGAAAAUAUCUGAAAGAAGCGAAAUAAUUGUGUGCGUUUCGGUUUCUGUUUCGGCUUCACUUCACAUUAUCUAAAAAUAACGGAAAACAAGGAAAAAGAAAGUGAACAAGUGCAAAAAAUUAUCUCGCUAUAUAUAAAGUGGGCCGCCGGCGCAGUAUUAUUAUUUGUUUUAUACAAAUUAUCGAUCAAAUACAUAAGUAGUGCCCCCAACCCAGAUAGCAUAAACUUUCUGGAUGGAUGUUCGAGUUUGGUGACCGACCCGCAACGAGGACUCUGCCAUUUCCCACCUGAGGGGAUAGUCAAAGGUGCCAACGGCCCGAAGGAAAGAGUGCACCACAAACAAUCACACACCAUCUAAAACUCAGAUUAUGAAUUAUGCAACAAAGCAUCCACAGCAGCAACAUAGAGCCACUAGAACCACAGCACGAACUGCUUAAUGCACAAAAGUAGAGACCCCUAGACUUGGCCAAAUUCGUUUCGGAAAAGUGCCGAAACAGAGCAAAAAGCCGCAGACCAGAAGUCACCCGAAAUUUCCCAGGAGGCCACUGUCGCCGGCAAACAAAGGAGACCUAAGACCAAAUAUUCGCCAUGGUGGACGACAUCUCCCCGAUGCAUCAUCGGAUGCAGAAGAAGACGAGGAGCGCCUCCAUUUGUGCCACGGGCGCCAGCAUCGAGACGGUCAUCCAUGGGAUGCCGGGCGCCUCCGGAAGUGCCACGCCCGAGGGCGGUACGCCCGGCUACCGCCGACGACGGCCGGCCACGCGCUCCCAGAGCGCCCGCAUCACCUCCGGCGCCAGAUCGGUCCGCCAGAAGACGAAGGCGCAGCAGCAGCAGCAGCAACAGCAGCACACGCUCCAGGAGACCAGGAGCUACUGCACCAGCGAGCCCCGGCUGAGCGAGACGGAGACGCCUCCGCAGCGCCGUAAGCUAUCGCAGCGGAGGCCACAGCCUCACGCACACAGAAAAUCGAACGCCUUCCUGGACGUGCCCACCAUGAACAUGCAUCACCUGCGCGUCAACGACGACGACGAGGAUGUGGACCGAUUGCGCACUUUCAGUGCCUCGAAAGGGGGUAUCAUUAAUCGAGGUGACUCGUUUCGCCGCCGACGCUCGAGGAGCAACAGCCUGGCGCCCUCCAGUCCCAUGCACGCGCGGAACGGCGGGGGCGGACUGGUGGGCAUGGCCGGUGGCGGGAGCAGCCUGGGACUGGGUUGCGGGUACAAUGGCGGCAGCAGCAGCAACGGAUUCGGAAAUGCCAGUGCCCAGGAGAACCAUCAGCCGGUGGAGUUCUAUCGCGUGGAAAUGCUCGGAUCGGCGGGCGUGGGCAAACAGGCUCUGGUUUCGCAGUUUCGCACCUCGGACUGCAUCAAUGCCUACGAUGGACCAGAAUGCGACGAGGCCGAGCAGAACGUCUCAAUCAUCCUGAAUGGCACCGAGUCGGAGCUAAAAUUCCUCACUGGCAAUCCGGACAGCAAGGACGAACUGGAGCAGGCGGAUGCCUUUCUGGUGGUCUACUCCUGCAUUGACAAGGAGUCCUUCACGCGGGCCAAGCAGAUACUAUCGCGGCUGCAGGACAUGGACCUGCUGCGCCACCGCCCCACCAUCCUGGUGGCCAACAAAAUUGAUUUGGCCCGCUCACGCGCCGUUUCCGCCCAGGAUGGCAAAUGUGUGGCCUGCACUUUCGGAGCCAAGUUUAUCGAGGUCUCCGUGGGCAUCAAUCACAACUGCGACGAGCUCCUGGCCGGCACGCUCACCCAGAUUCGGCUGAAGAAGGACCAGGUUCAGCUGCAGCUUAAUCCGAAAAAAUCAAAAGAUAAAAGCAAAUUUAGAGAAAAUACAAACGUAGAGACUGUAGAAACUGAUAAAUGUCUGACUGAUCUUAGAGCCGUCGAAGGGGGGCCGAGGGAUGCCAAUUCGCCGGCGCACUGGUACAAGAGCCGCAGCGUGAUGCUGGCUAGCAUGAAGGCCCGCCAGAUGCUCACCUGGAUCCUGGGCAAGGAGGACUCCAAGUUCAAGCACUGCGAGAACCUGCAGGUGCUCUAAAAUCAAAAGCAAAAGCAGAGAGCAACCAAAACCAUAAGUCUAUAUACUUAGCGACUAAGUGUGUCGAUAUGUGAAUAUAUGUGUGUAUAACCAGCA